UUGCCCUAAUGACAACUGCAUCUCAAGUCCCCUUGCUGACACCCUGCUGCUGAGACUUGCUCGCUGCUCCAGCUUGAGGUAGGAGAAACUCAACCGAAACACCAAUAUGCAACAAAAACCAGUUAAGUGGGAACUGGGAAUUGCUGCUUGCCAUAGGAGUGGGUUACUGUUGAUGGGUUCAUGCCUGUUUCUGUGUCCGUUUCUCAUAGUGCAUGAGAGAACUCAGCCACUCUGAGGACGUGUGCUCUUGUCUGCGGAUGGAGAGCCUGUUGGCAUGUUCAUCCCCCUGGUUCUGGCAACAAGAACAGACCGGAAAGAAAAUGGCUUCUGCUUUGGCAUUCCCUGCUCCUGCACCAUCACUUCCAGAGCCGAUAGCAUGGAGUAUCCUGAGGGCACUCCUGAAGCACUGCUGUCCCAGGGGCUGCUUGCCUGUCUGCAGUCUACUGGAGCUUGCAUUUCCGGCCACGUGACUUUCAGCUUACAUCCCCAAGGUUCUGAGAAACCACAGGAGGCUGAGACCUAAAGGGAAGGUGCAGAGGCUCUGAGAGGAGAGACAGAGAAAGUGGCAGAGCACGGGGCAGGAGGACAGUGUGCCUCCAGGACGGGCAAGAGCCGAGAAACCACGGGCCAUCUCAGAGGGAACAGAGGAGGACACGGGAGAGGGAAGAGAAGUGAGACAGAAGGCAGACACCCCAAGAGCAUAAAGGAAGCUGAAGAGGCCCUGGGAGCCAGAGACAGGAGCCAUGCCCCACAGCUCCGACAGCAGCGACUCCAGCAGCUUCAGCCAGUCUCCCCCUCCCAGCAAGCAGGACUCUUCUGAUGACAUGAGGAAAGUCCAAAGGAGGGAGAAGAAUCGCAUCGCCGCCCAGAAGAGUCGCCUGAGGCAGACCCAGAAAGCAGACACGCUGCACUUGGAGAGUGAAGACCUAGAGAGGCAGAACGCUGCCCUGCGCCGGGAGAUCAAGCAGCUGACGGAGGAGAUGAAGCACUUUGCCUCGAUGUUGAGCUCCCACGAACCGCUCUGCUCCAUCCUGACGUCCCCUCCGCCGCCUCCAGAAGUGCUUUAUGCCACGCACUCCUUCCACCAGCCCCACAUCAGCUCCCCACGCUUCCAGCACUGAGCCAGCCAGCGGAACGGCAGCCUGCCGGCUCCUCUGAUGGCAAGAAGCAAUUUUCGUGGGGCUCGCUUUUCCAUCCAAGGGAGAGGGACGGACGGAUGGACAGACACCCCUUCUCAAAGUGCGUACUCUGAGUGACUUGCCUAAGACUUGCUCCCUGUGCAGAAAUGGCAGAGCCACCAGGAGGCAUCUUCGGGCAGUUUCCUGCUGGGAUCCUGGAAGAGGAGGCGUUCACAAAAGGGCACCAACCGCCUUCCCUGGUGCUUGCUUGGGGACGCUGGCAGGAGUGUGUGGCACUGCCAGCCUCCGUGCGAGCGGCUGGCUGCGGCAGGCAACAGCAGGAGCUCCAGGACGAGAAACGGCAGCAGGGGCAGAGGGGAAGGUUGGGGGCCACA